AUGCCGCCAAUAUGUGUAAUCCUCAGGAAUGGAAUGGAAACUAAUUUGGAAGAGUUUCGUAUUGAAAGUAUGAGAAAAUCUUCAAAAAAAAAGUCAAUCAUGAUUUCUUCCAUUAAAAAGAAGGUUGCACUACUUAAAUUGAGAUCCAUUCAAGAGAGUAAUGCCAGUGGAAGUGAUCAUGAAACUUUUUAUCAAAUUCGAAACCAGCGGUCUCCCCGAAGAAGAGAAAUUUCGAAUAAUAAUUUAACAACUUUACACUCGGCCGAAUCAUUCAACAGCGUUGAAGGAAGUGUUGCAUCUGGUGAUUGUUGUAGUGGAAAUUCACAUAGUAGUAUUGGAAACCUUUCUCCUGUUCAAUUAAUGCCAAUGAGUCCAAGGUUUCUUGGUCAACUUUCGCCAACACUUUCUCCAAGAUUUUCUACGGGGAUUCCUUCACCUAGACUUUCAGUGCAAUCGAGUGCAUUGCAAGUGUAUCAGAGUCAUAUUAGAUUUAUUUUCCUUGCUAGUGGAGAAUCUGGACGAAAGACCUUGUCGAAACUUAUUCGAUACAAUUUGGAGCCUGAAGUUAUUGAAAAACAAGCAUUUGAUUUAAAUCAAAGUUAUUCUACAUUAUAUUUCUUUUUCAGCAAUACAAUAAUUUUGUUAGAACAAUUCUACCAAAUGUUAUUCGAAUUGAAAUUUCCAAAUCAGUGCAUUAAUGAACUUCCACCAAUUUUGGCCAAUGUUGAACCACAAAUAAUUCAGGAAAUUUUGAAAGAUUUAAAGGAAAUUGAGGAUAUUCCAAUGGAUAGAGAAUUUUCAGUGGAUCAAGUGAACAAACUUUCGAAUAACAUUCCAAUGGCUUCGAAUUGCAAAGUUGUUCUCAAACUAAUCACAAAACAAGUUUACAAUAAUUUAAUUUUAUUCUUUGAAAGGCAAGAUGUUAAAUUAUUAAUCAGGAAAUAUCAUGACCUGCUGCAAACUCAACAACAUGGAACAAUUUUUGAUAGAAUUGAAAUUUUAAAAUCAGUUUCACAUGAAACUUUGUGUGAAAUAUUGGAGAAACCUUCGAAUAGUUUUACGAAAGAGGAAGAAGAGUUGAUUUUGAGAUUAUUCUUCAUUUCUAGACAGAAAUUGACAGGAUGUUCACAAUUUACACUUCAAUUAGGACCUCACAAACUUUCUUUCUGUCUAGUUGCUGGUCAGAGAGCAGAACGAAAGAAAUAUCCUCGAUAUAUGGAACAAGGUUUCGAAUAUGUCAUUUUCUGCAUGAAUUUAUCAGAAUAUAAUAGAAACUUGUACGAAAAUGAUACAAUUACUAGAUUUAGAGAUACAAUCUACAUGGCUCACGAAUAUUGCUGUCAAGAUUGUAAGAAAUAUGGAAAUAUGAGUGUCAUUCCAGUUUUCACACACUUAGAUCAAUUGAUGAGACAAAUUUAUUAUGGAAAUGUGCCAAAUUCAGCAAAUGUUUGGAUUCCAAUGUGUGAAGAAAUUGCAAAACUUCACAAUUCAAGGAGAUCUAAUGUUAUGGAUUUUAUCUUUUCGAGUUUGAUUCCUGUUAAGGAAGUUUUGAACAAGUUGAAAUAUUUUGCAUUUAUUGUUGGUUAUCCGAAAGAGGAAUUUGAAAUGAAACUUGAAAAGGAAAGAAGUGAAAUGCAACUGUUUAUUGAACCUCCUCCAGUUGAAAUUAAGAAAUCUUUGAGGAUUAAUGAGAAUGUGAAACUUUCGUAUUAUGAUUGGAGAGUUAUUUCUCAAUUUUUACAACCGAGAGAAUUAAUCAAAUUAUCAGAAACGUGCAAACCACUUCAUCAAUUAACUUCUGAAGAUUAUUAUUGGCAACCUGCUGUCAAAUCAUCGUUUGGCAUUGAUACUGCAAUUACAAUUUGUGGAGAUGGAGCCAAUUUUUUACAAACGGAAGGAUUUAAACAAUUCAUUCAAUAUUAUCAAGAAUGGGAACCACCAUUGGAAGAAACUGAUUCGGAUAACUAUAUUUCUGAUUGGAAGUGCUCAUACAAGUGGUUCUAUUUAUUUGGUUGGAGUUGUGUAAAGAUUCAAAAGUUGUUAUAUUCCAUUGUAUUGACAAAGAGUGUUGAUGGCGUUGUGGACAAAGGUGAAAUGGUUAACAAUUGUAAGGUUGCCCUAUCGUUGGACUUGAGUGAUUGGAAAUUGGCUGCACAAACAAUUGAAAGAUCCAAUCUUUACAAUAAAUUUGUUUGA